CACACGAGGUUAAGUUCAAGUUGAUGUCAACGAAAAUGUUGAAUAUUACUGUGAGACCGCAUUUAGGCGAGCAUUUAAAAUGCUUUCAAUAUCUGUGGCAAUGGCACAAGAAAUACAGCAUAACGACUGAACCAACUAAGACCAAGCAAGAAAACGUAGAAGCUAGACAAAGGGAUAUUAUGGCACGGGGCCUUCCAAAACGAAAACGAAUGAAAGGUGUUAAACAAAUUCUUCUAGUUGCCUCUGGAAAAGGUGGCGUUGGAAAAUCGACAACGUCUGUGAAUCUGGCAACUGCCUUAAAAAUUCUGGAGCCAAAGAAGUCCAUUGGAUUAUUGGAUGCUGAUGUUUUUGGACCCUCUGUACCCUUGAUGAUGAACAUACACGAAUCACCUGUAAUAAAUCAAGAGAACUUUAUGGAACCACUUGUAAAUUAUGGUGUGAAAUGUAUGUCCAUGGGAUUUUUAAUCGGUGAGAAAUCACCGGUAGUCUGGAGAGGUCUCAUGGUGAUGAGUGCGUUGGACAAAUUGAUAAAUCAGGUGGCUUGGGGACCGCUUGAUUAUCUUGUGAUCGACACUCCUCCUGGAACAGGAGACACGCAUCUUUCCUUAAUUCAGAAUCUUUUCAUCGCUGGUGCAUUGCUGGUAACGACGCCACAAAAAGUUGCGCUAGAAGUGACUAGGAGAGGCGCAAAUAUGUUCAAAAAGUUGGAUAUACCCGUUGCUGGUAUUGUGGAAAAUAUGAGCACUGUUACAUGUCCGAAAUGCAUGUCUGAGGUGUCCAUUUUUGGUAAUGCAACUCAAUCGCUGGCUAAAGAACUUGGUAUAGAUAUUUUGCAAAAGAUACCAAUGCAUGAGAGUAUUGCGGAAAGUUCAGACAGUGGUAAACCUAUUGUUUUGGUGGCGCCAAAAAGUAGACAAGCAGAAGCUUAUAGAGAAUUAGCGGAACAAGUUAUUACAUUUUUGAGCAAGCAGGAAAUAAAUGAGGAGUCAUAAAACAGAA